AUUUUUACAAACACACACACACACACACACACACACACACACACACACACACACACACACACACACACACACACACACACACACACACACACACAGAUACGAUGCGUGUAAAUAUUGUCCAUCUAGGAUCUACACACACAGAUAUGAAACCAGGUAAGGAGAACGCGAUGCCUCCUCCCAUUGGUGGAGCUGAUCACAUGACCUGUGCUCCCUCCCACACACCUUUAUGCCCAGCUCGCUCCACCUUGGAUACUCAGAAGACUCCCGCAGUAGGUGUCAGGUGUCAAGGUUUCAUGAGAACGAGUGACUCACCAGAAGGGCUGAAAGAUGGCAGAGAUGGAGAGUGGCGGUCCGUUUAACCGCGGCGGCUGGGCCUCCCAGUCUCUCCGGGUGACGGCCCGGGAGCUGUCUCUGGUCAACGGCCGCGGGCGGAGCAACGCCAUGGUGGAGCGCUUCUCCAGAUAUCAGAAGGCUGCCGAGGAGUCCAACGCUGAGAAGAAAAAACCCUUUGUGAGCUCCAAGCCGGCGGUGAAGUCCGGCGGCCUGAGCGUGUUGAAGAAGCGCUGGGAGCAGGAAGGACCUCCUCCUCUUCGUGGCAAGCCCUCUCUCCCUCCCCCGAGGCCCAGACCUCUCUCGAUCCCGGUUCCUGCUGCCCUGCCCAAGCCCACUCCCACCGCUCCCACCACUCCCAGCCCUCCGCAGUCCCAGUCCCCGGGACCAGUGAGUCCUCAGGACAGCCUGGAGACAGUCAGCCGCUCCCAGCUCUCGACGGCAGCCGCCCCGACCGCCGCCGUGAAGGAACGGAGGAACGGGAUUGAGAAGGUGGAGAAGGUGGAGAAGCUGGAUCGCAGACCCAGCGAGAGCUCAGAGAAGGUGGAGCGCAGACCCAGUGAGAGCUCAGAGAAGGUGGAGAAGGUGGAGAAGCUGGAGCGCAGACCCAGUGAGAGCUCAGAGAAGGUGGAGAAGGUGGAGAAGCUGGAGCGCAGACCCAGCGAGAGCUCAGAGAGGGUGAAGAAGAUGGAGAAGCUGGAGCGCAGACCCAGCGAGAGCUCGGAGAAGGUGGAGAAGGUGGAGGAGAUGGAGAAGGUGGAGCGCAGACCCAGCGAGAGCUCGGAGAAGGUGGAGGAGGUGGAGGAGCAGGCGGUGUCCAGCCCCACGCCCUCAGAGGAGAAAACUAGUUUGGCCCUCAACAAUCUGAAGAUGAAGUUUGAAAAGGGCGAAACCAAGGGGCCCAGGGGGCCGCGGAGGACCUCCACCGAGGACAUGGACCAGCCCAGGGCCAUCGGGGUCUCAGCUCGGGGGAAGGAGGCUCCGUCCCUGAAGGACAAAAUGGCCAAGUACCAGGCGGCCAUCUCCAAACAGGGCCUCUCCAAAGCCGGCCAGGCCACAGAGACAACAAUUCACAAAGUGUCUCCGCUUCAAAAAAGUGCAUUUGGCUGCAAUGGAGACGGGGACCAGGCCAAGGUGUCCAGGAAGUUCUGCCCGGCGGUGAGAGAGACGUGCAUCGCGUGUCUGAAGGCCGUGUACCCCCUGGAGAAGCUGGUGGCGGACCUCCACGUCUACCACAAGACCUGCUUCCGCUGCGUCCACUGCAGCAUGAAGCUCAGCCUGGGGAGCUACGCCUCUCUCCACGGCAACGUCUACUGCAAGCCCCACUUCAGCCAGCUGUUCAAGGCCAAGGGCAACUACGACGAGGGCUUCGGCCACCGGCCCCACAAGGAGCUGUGGGCCCCCAAGGCCGACGGCGAGGGCGAGGGCGAGCCCGCCCGACAGAGGGACCCCGGGGAGACGCCCGCCCCCCGCCCCGCCCCGACCGCCGCCGCCGCCGCAGACGACCGGGACGACCAGAGCGUGGAGGACGCCCCCCAGGUCAAGGUGACGGACCUGACGGCCCGCCUGGAGACCCGGUCACGCCCAGCCGGCGCCGCCGCUGAGAAGCGCUUCCCCUCGGAGAAGCCCGCCGAGACGCGGCGGCUGCGGAUCGCCUGGCCGCCGCCGGGCCUCGAGGACCAGCCCGCCGGCGGGGCCCCCAGGAAGCACCUCCCCCCCGCCGACGCCGAGGGCGUGGUCGUCGCAGGGGCGGGGCGGCCCUGGAGGUCCAAGUGGCCCCCGGAGGGCGAGGGCGUGGCCCCCGACCCCAGCGGGGACCGGGCGGAGCUGAAGAGCCUGAGGAGGAGCUCCUCGCUGAAGGAGCGCUGCAGGCCCUUCACCGUGGCCCCGCGGCUCCGGGAGGAGGGGCCCCUCAAGGCCCUGCAGGAGCGCCGGGGCUCCCUGGAGAACCGGCCCCCGUCCGGGGCGCGGGAGGAAGAGGAGGAGGAGGAGGAGGGGAGAGGGAGGAAGGCCCGCGCGCCGCCCAGAGAGGACGUGGCGAGCGGGAGGGCCUCGCUGGGGGAGGAGGCCCCCGCCUCGGUGGAAAGAGAUCCGGAGCCAGCGGCCCGGCCCGCCAGCCCCGGCGGCUCCCCGGGCUCCUCGCCACCCCCCUCCCCGGCCCCCCAGCCCGACCCCGACCGCAGCUCGCAGGAUGUGGGCUUCUGGGAGCCGGAGCAGGAGCAGGAGGCAGACGGGCCCGAGGAGGAGCUGAGCGUGGAGGAUGAGAUCAAGAGGAAUCGUUAUUAUGAGGACGAGGAGGACGAUUAGGAGCGAGAGGGGAGCGCGGUUUGGGUCGGCGGCCGCUGCGGCGGAUGGUUUCUACGGUUACGUGUCGUUCGGUGUCUCGGCACGCUGGAGCUCCGGCCAUGUAGGGGAACGCCUGCCUGGCAGCGGGGGGGGGGGGGAUCUCGCUCUGUGGUUCUUCUCUUCUUCUGCAGCCCACUUUCCCUUACUCUCUUAACUGGUCUCUCCGUAGAGGGACCAAAAGACUAUCGAAUAUAUUGUCGAAAAUGAAAGUUGCUUUUAAACCCCUUUUUUGAGUCUUGAUUUUCCAUGAUGAUUGUAUGUUAUUAUGGGCAGAUACGUAAUAACACAGUGAUUCAAACUAGCAAUUAGCGCUCCUCUUUCUGCCUCCUGUUUCUGAAUAUGUGAUGUGCCUUCAUGAUUGAAUGUGCUGCAGGCCUCCAGAGAGGAUCGUAUCUCCGCACACGUCUGCUGGAAAACCUCCUGGCCGUCUGAAGCAGGCUCCAAACUAAUAACACACUUCUAUAUAAAAGCAAGAGGUCGGAUUUCUGAGCCAUUUGCCAAGAGCACAGCACAGGUUAAACUAACAAUCUAAACAGGAUAUUUAAUGAACGUAAUAUUAGUCAUUAAAACAAAUGUCACGCUGUUUUCUCAGCCUUUUUUGUUAUUUAUGAUCAACAAGGGAGAAUAUUAAAAUGCACGCAUUCUCCAUCUGAUUUCCUUCUGCAGUGCGAUAUCUCAACGGCUUGAACAAGCACCAUCUAUACAAACUCUUUGCAAGAUUUAUUCAAUGUUAAUAUGCAUAACCAAAUAUACAGUGAUGCCUUCAGAAGCAGCAUGGCUCUAUGCAGAACCGCGCGUUCUAGAUCUGCUCCAUGCAGAACCGUGAUUACUAGAUCUGCAUGUGGACUCAGGAACACACUGACGGUAUGUUCAGCCAUUCCAAAACAGUCUUCUUCAUCUCCAAUGUUCAGGUCGAAAUGUCAGUAAAAUGGUGACGGUAAAUGUUAAUUAGUCUACUCAUGUUUUAUACAUUUUUACAAAUGACCAAACAUGUUUUGCAUUGUGUUUUUGUGCAAAUAGAAGUUUGACAAUUGCAAUAAAUGUAUUUAUACAGUACCAGCAUCUCAUGUUGACUUUGUGCAGUCUCAGACUCAGCUCUGUUCAGCUCGGGAGCUUACCGCCAACCAGAGAUAGAUUUCAAACUAAAUGUAACUUUUGUAAGAGUUUAGAAUUAUUUCAUCCCAAGGUUGUUGGGGAUGAAGUUGUCUUUCUAGAGAUCAUUGGUUAAAUGCAGAGGUUGAGGAUGUGUGUGGUGUUGGAGGGUUUGUGAGCGUUAUCAUUUAAACAUCAUCAUCCUUGAGUAGUAAAGUAAAGUCACAAAGACGACACACAAUAAACAUCAAGGAAAUAAUAGUCUACAGCCCUUUUCCUUUAAUCGAGUCAUUGAGACACUCAUUCACACAGCUUACAGUGAAUCGGUGUAUGCGUGCCGAUCAGGAGUAAGGAGGGAUUAGGCAUUGUGCUCAAUCAAGACACACUUAUACAUUUGGGAUUGGAUCCAGCAGCAAUUGGCUGUGCCUCUCAAGUUCUCAAACACUAUUUCAGGCAUUUUUUGGUUGUAUUUUGAUUUUUUGCCACUUAAACAUAUGAACAAACAUUAAAAAAUGAUUUGGCAUUAAAACAGUGAACGCUUUAGUCUCCGACUGAAGAACCAGGAUUGAUCUGAGAUUCAACCCCAGGAGACAGAACGGACUUUGCGUUAUGUACAUCGUCCGUUUUAGUACUCAAAAUAGAACAUUAUCAGUCUAUUAAAUAGAAAAGAUACAUGCACACACUGGAACAAUGAGAAGAAGACAGAAGUAUUCAAACUGUAUCACUGACGUGUCUGAACACGGACAUAAGUGUUGUUUCUCCUAAAUAAACAAGCUUUAUAUUGGCCCAUUAAUAUUCAGCUCUAUAGAAGUACAAACAUUAAUGUUUUGCAUUUUAAAGUGCUGACUAUGUAAAGCAUAUUGCAUCACUUGCUUGGAAAAGCCUCUUUUUUUUUUUUAACAGCCAAAUAUUCCUUCGGCUUCAUUAAUAACUAAUAUUCUGACAGUUCCUCCUUUCCUGCGGUAAGGCUCAUUUCGAUUUCACUUUAAUUCCUCAUUCGAUUUGUAUUUAGCAGACGCUUUAUGACCGAUUCCUCUACCGAUUUGUAUUCUUCCGAUGCUUAGUGACCUCCAGGACAUUCAGAUAAAGGUCAUGGAGGAGCAGGCAGGCUGGGACACCGGGGAUCGA